GUGACUUACUCCAGGGGUCCUAGGAGCUGGGGGGCUAACUGCCACAAGUGACGGGCGAGACCUAAGUAGGCGGGGCACAUUCCAGCUAGGGGGAGGCUGUCCCACCCACAAAGGCGCAAAGGAGGCCUCAGGGCACAGCCCGAAGGGGCGGAGCCUGAGCAGGGGGCGGGCCGAUCGGUGAAGACUUGCAGUGGGCUGCAGAGUCGGACCCUGCCGCUGCGUGUUCAGGGUCUUCACCAUGGGGCAGAUCGAGUGGGCCAUGUGGGCCAACGAGCAGGCGCUGGCAUCUGGCCUGAUUCUCAUCACAGGGGGCAUCGUGGCCACAGCUGGGCGCUUCACACAGUGGUACUUCGGUGCCUACUCUAUCGCUGCAGGUGUGCUCAUUUGUCUGCUGGAGUACCCUCGAGGGAAGAGGAAAAAGGGCUCCACCAUGGAGCGGUGUGGACAGAAGUACCUGACCGCUAUGGUAAAGCUGUUCGGGCCCCUCACAAGGAAUUACUACGUCCGGGCUGUCCUCCACUUCCUGCUGUCAGUGCCUGCAGGCUUCCUGCUGGCCACUAUCUUGGGGACUGUCUGCUUGGUCAUUGCCAGUGUGAUCUACCUGCUGGCAGCCAUCCGGGGUGAGCAAUGGACCCCCAUUGAGCCCAAGCCCAAGGAGCGGCCCCAGGUCGGAGGCACCAUCAAGCAGCCGCCCACCAACCCCCCACCCCGGCCACCAGUGGAGGUCCGCAAGAAGCCAAGUGUGGGUGAGGAGGAGGCAGGCACGGCUGGAGGCCCCCAGGUCAACCCAAUUCCAGUGACAGAUGAGGUGGUGUGACCUUGCGUGGCUGUCUGCAGCUCCUGCCUGAAUGUUCCCGGAGGUGCCACCAGGAAGCGGUGAUGCCUCCUACUGUAAUAAACAGUGAAAAG